AUGGAGGACCCUGGGCCGCGAUGGUUCAACACUUACUUCCCUAUAUACACGAACUACGAGGUCGAGUUCCCUAUUGGUUCAUUAUCGACCGCAGAGCUAACGGAACGCCUCAGUUCGAGCCCACGGGCAAAAGGGCCAAGCUAUUCGUCCCAGCCGGUGAAAGAACCUCACAAUACCAGGCUAAAAUCAACGCCCACUGGUAGUUAUCGUAGCCCCAAGCCAUCCUCUGAACGAGAUGCGAACAGCUCCGGCGACGAAGUACUCAUUGCCGUGAUGGGAGCCACCGGCAGCGGAAAAACGACCUUCAUAAACACCGCUAGCGGAUCCGCGCUCCGUGUAGGUUCAGGGCUCAUGUCGUGCACCAACACUGUUCAGGCUUCACAACCCUUUUCGUUCGAUGGUCGAACGGUCAGACUCAUAGAUACCCCCGGCUUCGACGAUACAACAAGAACUGACACCGACGUGUUGACCAUGAUUGCAGCAUUUCUUUCCGGCACGUACCAGCACGGCGUAAAGCUCUCGGGCGUAAUAUACAUCCACCGCAUCUCAGACUUCCGCAUGGGCGGCACGUCAACCCGGAACUUCAGAAUGUUCAGAGAGCUAUGUGGUGACACUACACUCCGAAAUGUGGUCAUUGUCACGAACAUGUGGGGCGAGGUCUCUGUCGACAUUGGUGAGGCCCGCGAGGAAGAGUUGAAGAACCGGGAUAUCUUCUUCAAGCCCGUGCUAGGCAAGGGUGCCCAGAUGAAACGACAUGACAAUACAUUCGACUCUGCCUGUACGAUAAUCCGUUGCAUUGCGUUCAAGGCUCCUCUGCCAUUGCGAAUUCAGAGGGAGCUAGUGGACGAGAAGAAGGACAUCACAGAGACUGCCGCUGGUGCCGAGCUUGGUCGCGAGUUGCACGAACAGGCGAUGAGAUACAAGGCAGAGCAGCGGCAGCUACAAGAUGAAAUGAAUGAAGCACUGAGGCAGAAGGACGAGCAGGCUCGAGAGGAGCUCGAGCAGGCGACGGCGCAGCUGAACCAAGAUAUGAUGCGUGUUCAAAAUGAAUCGUACCGGCUUGCAGCUUCCUACGCCGAGGAGAAAGAAAGGUUCCAAAGGAGGAUGCAAGACCUCGAGGUGACAUCUCGCCUAGAAAUUGAACGACAGGCUGCGGAAUACAAAAGGAGGAUAGAUGAAGUCAAUGAUACGCUCAGGCAGACACGAGAAGCGGAAUUGAGGGAGAAGAUGGAAUUGGCGGCAACUUUGCAACGGCUUCAAAAACAGCAUGCUGAAGCCCCUCGACCUGGGCUUUUUGCCUCAAUUGGAAGUGCACUUGACUCGAUCUUCCAUCGAUGA